AUGGCCACACCAGUGAUUAUUAUAGUGCCCGGGUCAUGGCAUAGUCCGAAACACUACCACUAUGUCAUCGACGGACUCAAGAAACUGGGCUAUGAAGCAGAGGGCGUAGCCCUUCCCUCGUUCAAUUCGAGCCCGCCCCUUGCCAGUUGGGACCAAGAUGCGCAAGAGGUUCGCCGGGUUAUUUUGAAAUAUCUCGACUCUGGCCGGGAUGUCAUUCCGCUCGCCCAUUCGUUUGGUGGCAUUGCCAUGUCCGAGGCUGUCCAAGGGCUUGGAAAGCAAGAUCGGGAGAAACAAGGCCAGAAAGGCUCAGUCCUUCGGUUGGUCUAUAUGUGCGCAAUGGCUCUGCCCAAGGGCCAAAGCUAUGCGGGCCAAAUCGCGCCGGCAACUCCCGAAGAGGAGGAGCUUGACAAGCAGAGAAAAGAGAUGCAAGCCAAAUACGGCGGCAUCAAUGUCCGAUCGGAUGGAUCGAUGGUCCUCGAUGAAUUUGCCUGUCGCAUGGCCCUUUACAAUGAUUGCGAUCCCAAGGAUGUGACCGAGGCAGUUUCUUGGCUGGGAUCGUUCCCGACAGGACCAUUGGCCGUGCCAGUGACUUACACGGCUUAUCUCGAGAUCCCGAGUACAUACAUUGUGUGCCGGAACGACCAGGCGUUGCCAGUCUGUGUGCAAGAGCGUAUUGUGGCGCAAGGAAAUGGUGUUUUUCAAGUUGAGCGAUGUGAUGAAGGGCAUUCGCCGUUCUUGAGCAACCCAGAGUAUAUCGUUGAUUGCGUUCGUCGGGCAGCGGGCGAAAUUAUCGAUCUUGAACGUGAAUUGUAA